AUGUCUUCAAAACGUGCCUCGACCAUGCCCGCGCCACCCAAGCCUCCAACAUCUCUCGCAUCCUCCCUAAUCAUCGCCGAACACGCCUCCCUCACUGGCACACAUCUCAUAACCCUUGGACCCAACACCGUUGUUCACCCACGAGCAAGGUUCAACUCGGCCCAUGCACCCAUAACCGUAGGCAGCAAUUGUAUCAUUUGCGAGCGGAGCUUAAUCGGCUUUCAAAGCGACGCAGCGGCGAACGAAAGAAAAGGAGCUGUGAUUGAGAAUGGCGUUGUCAUAGAGGUUGGAGCUGUGGUGGAGGCCAGGACCGUGGGCGAAGGCACUGUUGUUGAAGUACAAGCCAAGAUUGGAAAAGGUGCGGUGUUGGGAAAGCACUGUAAGAUUGGUCCACUCUGUGAGAUUGCAGAAGGAGAGGUCAUCCCAGAUUUCACUGUUGUCUAUGGGAAUGGGAUGCGGAGAUUAGACAGUAGUGGUGUUGAGGACUUGAAAUUGAAAAUGGUUGCUAGGCAAAUCGAAGUGUUGAAGAAACUUAUACCCAGCAAUCUAGCAAAGUUUCAAUGA